CUUUGACCCCCGUGUAGAAGAUGGUAUGAUUCAACUGCCGUCCAGUUCUCUUUAGUGUUUGCCAAUGUUGGAGGUGUUACUGGGGUCUGGCCCGCGACAAAGGAAUAGAGCAUGGCUCAAGUAAAAGUACAGACCUCAGCACCCCUGGCUGGUCCUGGCCUCUCUCCCGGAGUCCCUCUGGCGGCCAUGGCCAGCCCAGGACCCCUGGGUCUGCAGCCCUCUGUCAACGGCACAGGCUCGUCCCCCACACCCGCCUGCCCCGCUCCUGCAGCUGGAUUUGGGGACGCUCCUGUGCCUCUCACACCACCAGGUUCGCCCCAGGAGAACAUGGCAAACCCUAAAGAGAAAACUCCAAUGUGUUUGGUGAAUGAGUUAGCCCGUUUCAACCGGAUCCAGCCUCAGUACAAGCUCCUCAGUGAGAGAGGCCCUGCGCACGCUAAGAUCUUCACGGUGCAGCUGACUCUCGGUGAGCAGGUCUGGGAGGCAGAGGGCACCAGCAUUAAAAAGGCCCAGCAUUCCACAGCUGCCAAAGCCCUGGCCGAGAGCGUGCUUCCCAGGCCCAUGCCCCGCUCGCCCAAAGUGGACGUCAACAGCAAUCCAGGCAGCAUAACGCCCACAGUGGAGCUGAACGGUCUUGCCAUGAAGAGAGGAGAGCCGGCCAUCUACAGGCCUUUGGAUCCCAAGCCUUUGCCCAACUACAGAGCUUGCUACAACUUCAGAGGCAUAUUUAACCAAAGGUACCAUUAUCCUAUUCCCAAGAUCUUCUAUGUGCAGCUGUCCGUGGGGAGUCACGAGUUCAUCGGGGAGGGACGCACUCGCCAAGCCGCCAGACACAACGCUGCCAUGAAGGCCCUGCAAGCCCUCCGAAAUAAACCCAUCCCUGAAAGACCGCCACAGGACCCAGAAGAAAAUACAGAGAGCGAGGAAGGCGCCGACGCCAGCAAAUCGGAGAUCAGCCUGGUUUAUGAAAUCGCCCUGAAGAGGAACUUGACCGUCAACUUUGAGGUGUUGAAGGAGAGCGGACCCCCCCAUAUGAAAAGCUUCCUGACCCGCGUCACCGUUGGGGAGUUCUCCGCCGAGGGCGAGGGUAACAGCAAAAAGCUCUCCAAGAAGCGUGCCGCUCUGUCCAUCCUGCAGGACCUGAAGAAGCUGCCCUUCAUCCCGGCCGUGGAGAAACCCAAAACGCACUACAAAAAACGCACCAAGACCAUCCUCAAGACGGGACCGGACUACGGCCAGGGCAUGAACCCCAUCAGCCGCCUGGCCCAGAUCCAGCAGGCCAAGAAGGAGAAAGAGCCUGAAUAUUUGCUGCUUUCUGAGAGAGGGAUGCCCCGACGCAGGGAGUUUAUCAUGCAGGUGAAGGUGAACAGCGAGGUUGCCACGGGGACGGGGCCGAACAAGAAGGUGGCCAAACGGAACGCCGCCGAGGCGAUGUUGCUGCAGCUGGGAUACAAAGCGUCCACGCUCUCUCCGAAUCCCACCGAGAUGGACAACAAAGGCUGGAAUGGACAAAAGGCGCCUUUUACCGAAGCGACGAGCAACACCCAGAAAGGUCUGCUCCACCUCAGCCCCGACGUCUACCAGGAGAUGGAGGCCAGCCGGAAGCAGGGGGGCAGUGCCCCAUCCCCUAACGGCGGCGGCGCCGGUAGCGGCGGCUCCAUCAACUACCUGGCCUCCAAAGACGUGAAUAAUCCAUGUGCCGCGCCACCGGCCCCGGGACACACCCCUCCGUACUACAACGCUCCAUCAUCCUCUCCCGGCCCGGCGAGCACCAUGGCCAGGGAGCUGCUGCUAAACGGCCAGUCGCAGGCGGCCGCUGAUGCUUCUGUGCCGCCGGUGAAGGGGAAGAGUCCGCCCUUGGCCUGUGGUGGGUCUGUGCAACCCGCACAGCAGCUGGAGUACCUGGCUCGCAUCCAGGGCUUCCAGGUGCAGUACAGUGACGCGCAGAGUGGCAAGGAUUUUGUGACCUAUCUGACCCUCUCCCCCGUGCAGAUGACUUUCCAUGGCACUGGGAGCACCCUCCAAGCUAGCCAUGACCAGGCUGCUCUAAGUGCCUUGAAACAGCUGUCGGAGCAGGGACUGGACCCGGUGGACAGCCCUGUCAAGAGCACAGAGGCCUGCGGGAGGGAAGACGGACACUAAACAGACUAACUCAGGCACCACCACCACUCAGGUCUGCACGGAUUCAAAGGCUGUCGUCCAGGAGCUGACAUCCCCGAACCCCCUUUUCUCUCUCUCUCUCUCUCUCUCUCUCGGGCACACAUCCCUUCUAAUCGUCCCCUUGCCUGAGCCCCAAAA